AUGUCUUCAAACUCAGAAAAUAACAGACUAAUUCAAGCUUCUGAAAUGUUCUUCCUUCAUGUACAAGAUCUUGUUUCCCUCACAAACACAUUUACUGAGUUUCUUAACCACAAUAUGAAUACUCAGAUCUCCUUGAUGGUUGUGAAAGAAGAUAGUACAAUUAAGAAUUUCUUUGAAGAAAUGCUUAAAAGUUUUAAGGAGAUGCAAUCUGUAGUAGAAGAAAAGUACAACAAAAUGCAAAAGGAACCUAUGUAUUCGAAGGUUGCAACAACUAUGUGUUCUAUGGCAGAGAAAUGUAUCAACCUGGAGUUGGAACGCUCAGCUAAAGAACUGUUUAAAAAUAUCCAGACACCAACCAUUGUCUCUGUGCUGAGCCAUAGUAACAUCCUUGAGAAUUUGGAAUCUUUUUUUUCACACUUGAUGGCAUUCCCCAUCAUGAGUCUUCAAUUAAGUGAUUUCUGUAAAGGAGACACCAAAGGGAAAUCAGAUGCUCCCACAUCUGAGAAAAACCUGAGUCCAGAUCGUUGCAAAUCCAUCUCAACAGAUGCCCUGAAGAAGUUGCAGGAUGCACUAAAAACUGAGAAUGCCAGCAAUCCCAUGGAGUCAGCAGCCGAUCAGCUGGAACAAAUCAUCAAGGCUAUGGAACCAACCAUACAGGUUCUCCAAAAAUCCAUAAAGACCCUGGAGACUGAUAUUUCUAUGCUUAAGAAAGUGAAUGACAAGUAG